GAAUCAUCUGUUCUAUAAAAGGAAACCCAGUCGGUUACACAAAGCCGACUGACGCACUGCGUGUUGGGUAGGCCUGACGCGAGUGUGUUGUAAGAUACAGCCAGCGCUCUGAGUCAUAACAGACCUACUGAGUACUCCAGGAGUGCUAGCUGAAUGUCCACCAGGGCUUCUACUUUCUUCAGGAUUUUCUCAGCCCAACAACGUCAACGCUAAGGGCGCGUUAGGUCACCAUGGGGGACAUGGAGAGCACCAUGAUGUCUGAGGACCAGGCUACGGCCAACUACGUCGAGAGGUCAAUGGCCGUGGUGGAAAAACCGCGGGAAAAGUUCACCUACAAUGUCAGAGGUCACCUAGAGCUGGACGACACAGGCCAUCCUACUGCCUAUUGGACGGCGGGUACCAGGAAUCCGACCAAUCAGAGAUCGUUAUCGGUGACCUGUCGUCAGGUGUGCUGAUGAAGAUGAUAGAGUACGCGUACACAGGUAAACUCGUCAUAAACAGGUACAACGCACAGACGAUGUUUGAAGCAGGUUUGAUCCUACAGUACCCGGUCGUACAAGAAGCUUGUUGUGAGUUCAUGUCUAACCAGCUAGAACCCGAAAAUGCUGUCGGGAUUCUUCAGUUCGCCAUGAAGUUUGCAUGCGAAGAUCUGAGGGUAAAAGCUUUCGACUACAUGGUUGAAAACUUGUAUUUCGUCUCUCAAAGUAAAGAGUACAGAUUUCUGAAUAAGGAGACCCUUUUGGACUUGAUAAGAAGCGACCGGCAGUUGUUUUCACCGGAAUGUCUGUACGAAUCUGUCAUGACAUGGAUCAAGUUCGAAACGGAGAGCAGAAAGAAGUUCUUAAAAGACUUCUUGGAGAACAUCAACCUUCCUCAGAUGAAGAGGGGGUUCUUCGAGACUGUUGUAGAAAAGGAGCAGAUCGUCUCUAAAUCACCGCCCGAAUGUUAUCAAAUAAUCUACGACGCGAAACAAAAGAUGGAGAAACGGCAAGAAAACGGGAUCUCCAGGGACGCGAUCGUGAUCUUCGGGGGCUCAAACGACGGCGUGUUCGUUCCUGAGAUUGACCUGUACGAUCCGAGGCUGAGUUCGUGGGACUCGCUCCCCAGUCUUCCCAAACACGCGGAGGGAGUUCGCCAUGCCCUGGCCGAGCUGGACAACGAUCUGUACGUUGUCGCUUCAGUUCACUUUCUGUAA